AAGGCACGCUCACACUCAUCAGCAAAGCAAUUUCCAAACCACAAAUUAACCAAACCAUUUGAAGGUACCAUUGAUCGAUCAGCAUGGCCGGUGUGAUGAUGAAGUUGGCUUGCGUGGUGGUGAUGUGUGUGGCCCUGGUGGGUGCACCACUGGCUGAAGCCAUCACAUGUGGUCAGGUCACAAGCAGCGUAGCUCCUUGCCUUGGUUACCUCCAGAAGGGUGGCAAUCCAUCCCCCGGCUGCUGCAACGGUGUCAAGAGCCUCGUCGCAGCGGCUCGCACCACCGCGGACAAGCAGACCGUCUGCAACUGCCUUAAGACAACCGCCGGUCAGAUCCCCGGCUACAACGAUGCCAACGCUCAGGCCAUUCCUGCCAAGUGUAGGGUUAACGUCCCCUACAAGCUCAGCACCUCCACUAACUGUGCCAGCAUCAAGUUCUAAAUACAAUAAUACAAUGGAAGAUGAGAAGGUAGCGACGACGAGAAUAAAGAAGGAGCACUUAUUUAUAGGGCUUAGCCUAUAUGAGUCUGCUUUAAUUGUGUCUCCAAGAUUUUAUGUUUAGUUUAAUUAAUCACGUGUAUGUUCUUGUGUCAUUGCCGUGAUCAAUAUAUGUACCAGUUUGGUUGUUUCAUCUAUUAAUCACAUAUCAUUUCUUGGCCCAAAAAAAAAAUUACAUGUUAUUUUCCAUCGUACCUUCAAUUCAUACAGCAUAUUCUUUUUUUUCCCCCUAGCUAUAAUUAAUAAUGUUCGUGAUCGAUGGUUCUAUACGUGUUGGACCACAAUUAAUUAUUUCGUUUUGAUA